UAUUCCCCAAUUCAUCUUCACUUCAUCCUAUAGAUGGUGGAGAGAACCUUUACACCUAAUGAUUCAGCGAAGUAAUACAAAAACACCACAACUCCCACUUAACAAAGGCAGACUAAUUAUUUAACAAACAUGGCUUCCAAUCGACAGACUUUUAUCCAUUUGUAUAGGGAUUUGAUGAAAACAGCCAAAUUGUUUCCCUAUACUUACCGUGAAUAUACUCUUCGUCGUACUAGAGACAAGUUUAAAGGAUUGAAGAAUGUCACGGAUCCUUCACAGGUUCAUGAGUUUGAGCAAGAAGCACGACAUUUAUUAGGAAUUGUACAGAGACAGACGACUCUUAAUGGAAUGUACAACAAGAGAAACCUCGUUGUUGAAAACAGCGAUAACGCGGAAGUAAACGUGAAGAAGUCGUUCGAAAACGCUUCUCAGCUUUAAUUGUUUAACGUGGUUUGUGCUCGUGUUCAAAGUUUGAAAGUGGAUACUGCAUUAUUUUUGAAAAGAAAAGAAUAUUUAAAGUAUUAAUAAUAUGUUAGUGUAUGAUUAUGAAUCAUUUUGCUUCCGUUUUUCCAUCGCCAUGUCGUGCGUAAAAUAAAAUAGUGGUACGGGAAUUAGGGUCAUUGAAUUACCAUAUACGCUUAGAAAACAUUGAGUAUCUCUCUAAUGUGAGUAGUUGGCCCUUGCUGACGGGCAAAUCAUCUUUGGAGUUAUUAAGAUAAGUUUUGGUUGGAUUGUCAAUUUCCUGAUACAAGAGUGUUGUUAGCUUUGUUUUCUCAAAAAAUAUCAAGUGCUUUCUUACUAUAUGUCCUCUAAAAAAGUUAUUCGUUUUGCGUUCUUUUUCCCAUGCUUCUGUAUCUUCUUCUCCUACCUUCAUAGACCUGUAUCUAGAUUGAGCAAACGAAAGGAGAGCCAUUCCCAAAAUUAGUUUUAGCAUGAGCAAAAUGAAGAACAAUAUAGCAAUCCCUGCCUUCCCUUGUAACCAGGAUAAGAAAAUUGAUUCCCAUGAAGGCUCUUUUUCGAUGUUAUAUACUUGGGACUGUCCUUUUGGUAGGUAAUAAAUGUAGUUAUCUCCGGUCGGAAGAAGUACUCCCAUAGAUUUCGCAAUCUCUUGUUUCAUGGAAUGUGUUGAUCGAAACAUACUCCACGUUUGCAUGGAGGUCCGAAUAAAAACACAGACAAGCGGAAGAACCGGAAGGCCCAUUCUUCGCGCAACGUGCUGAGAUUUUCCAGUGAUAGUCUAUAGGAUGGUUAGUUAUGGGUUCGAAUAGAAAAAAGGAUAUCACCCUUACGAACCUGAGUAGGACGUCCACCAGCAGCAACAUAAUCAUGGCAAAGGACGUCAGUGAAACGUCCAUAAAUACUUGGUUUAACAUAAUUAAACUUUAUAAUAAAAGCAUGCUUGAGCCAA